UUGAAUGGAUACCAUACAAUCAAUUUAAAAAUAUUCAAGAAAUAAACAAAAGUAAUUCUAUUACAAUAUAUAAAGCGAUAUGGAAUGAUGGUCCAUUAUAUUAUGAUGAUGAUGAAAAGAAAUGGAUGAGAAACUCUAAUAAUAAUGUUGCUUUAAAAUGUUUAUCAAAUUCACAAAUCAUUGUUGAUGAAUUUUUAAAUGAGGUUAAAAUGCAUUUAGAAAAUGAUGACGAUGACGACAAUAUUAAUUUCCUUGAAAUUUAUGGAAUAUCACGAGAUCCAGCCACAAAAGAUUAUGUUAUGAUCCUUCAAGAUGGAUAUUGUGAAAAAUGUGGUGAACAAUAUACUGAUAAAUGGCUUGAGUGGUGUAAACCAUGUCUAAUAAAUCAUUUACAAUCAAAUUUUACAAACUGGACUAGUGGAAAUAAAAGAGUCGAUAUUCUUAUUCAAGAAAUACAAUUACAAGUUGAUAAAUGGUAUGAUAUAAUAUUUGAAUGGAUACCAUUUGAUCAAUUUAGUGAUUUUAAAGAAGUAGGUAGAGGUGGUUUUUCUAAAGUAUAUUCAGCAAUAUGGAAGGAUGGCCCAUUAGAUUAUGAUAUUGAUAAAAAGGAAUGGAGGAGACAACCCAAUAAAAAAGUUGCUUUAAAAUGUUUAUUCAAUUCAGAAAAUAUUAGUGAUGCAUUUUUAAAUGAGGUUAAGGCAUAUUCAAAUACAAUUACUGAAAAAAUUCUUCAAAUAUAUGGAAUUUCUCAAAGUCCAAAUACGAAAAAUUAUAUUAUAAUUCUUCAAUAUGCAGAAAGUGGAGAUUUUAAUGAUUGGAUAGAUAAAAAUUAUAAAAAUUUUGAUUGGAAUAGUAGAUUAGAAGUCUUAUCUGGCCUUAUUGAUGGUCUUAUUGAUAUACAUGAAAAAAAUUUAGUACAUCGUGAUUUUCAUACGGGAAAUAUUUUAUUUAGGUUUCAAGAUGAAAUCAAUGUAUGUAUUUCAGACAUGGGAUUAUGUAGAGAAGCUGAUAAUAUGGAUAAAACAAAAAUUAUUGGAGUUAUGCCUUAUGUAGCUCCUGAAGUAUUAGAAACAAAGCCUUAUACUCAAGCAGCAGAUAUAUAUAGCUUUGGUAUGAUCAUGUAUUUUAUAGCAACUGGUGGAAGAAAACCUUUUGAUGAUUGCGCACAUGAUGUAGAUUUGUCAUAUAGAAUAACUUCCGGAAUUAGACCUGAAUUUGAUGAAUCAGAAGUACCAAAAUAUUAUAUUGAUUUAAUGAAAAAAUGUUGGGAUCCAAAUCCUGCUAAUAGACCAAGACUAUCAGACAUUAAAGAAAUGAUCGCAUUAUUUAGGGAUUCAUAUCAUCAAGAUUAUAAAUUUCAAGAAGAACGCCACUACGAAAUUGAAAAACAAUUUAAAGAAGCAGAAAUGCGUAGAAGAUUGGACAAUAAACGAUCAACCACUCAUCCUCAAGCUAAUUAUAAAGCUCGGGUACUAAAUCCUUUUAUAAAAGGUCUUCCAAAGGAUGAUAAUAAUAAUGAUAUUAAUAAAGUCAGUGAUGAAUUAGCAGUAGAAGAUUUGUUUAUUAAUAUGGAACAUUCAGAAUAUAAUAAUAACGAAUUAAGUGAUAUUAUUGCAGUAGAAGAUUUCCUAGUGCAGCAAAUGAUGCAAGACCAACAAUGAAAUAAUUCGGUAGAAUUAUUAAAUAUUGAACAAUAAUUACUAAAAAAUAUAUUUUUUAUUAUUAUUUAUUUUAUAUCAA